AUGGCUUCAGAUGAGGAAGAGGAGGUCCCUAACAGAGGAUUUAGAGGAAGGAUUAGGAGGGGCGGUGGCAUUGGCCGCAAGAGGAAAGGAUCCUGGAAGCAGGACAGCAGAAGUGCCUCCGCUUCAUCUAAUAAGUCUGCUUCUUCCGAAGCAGAUGCUAGUAUGAAUCCUAGUCUGAAUGCCACAAAAUGUAGCAGGCCUCUUGGUGAAGCUCACCUCAUUUGUUCAGCUUCUGAAGAAGACUUUUCUACUACUGCAUCAGAGUUUCAAGUAGACUCGAGUGAUGAAGAUGUUGAUCUGGUUGAGUUAAAUGUACCAAAGAAAAAGAGAAGGAGAACAUUCUUAUCACGUGAAAGAAAACGGCCUCCCAGAACAAUUGGUUUUAUAAAUAUUGAAGAUAGAAUGACAAGUGAAAGUGAGAUUGAAAGUGAGAGUAAUGAUGAACCAAAUCAAGCAAACACUCAAAGUACAGAAAAAAUUAUCGAGAGUAAUGAUGAACCUAAUCAAGCAAACACUGAAAGUAAAGAAAAAAUUACUGAGCCCUCUGUGUUUGAAGGUGUGGACUGGUCAGACUUUGACAUUGGUAUGUCGCCUGAUGUUUCUACACCUAGCCUUCCUAUCACAGCUCCGACUGAAUCUGAUUCAAACAUUUUAAGUGAGAGUGAAACAAGUCAAUGUGAAACCAGUGCCAAACAGACUAAAGAGACCCAGGCUUCAGAAACUAUUGAUGCAGAGAUUCAGAAUGAUCCGCCUGUUGACUCUAGGAUAUUUUCUGGCAGUUCUGCAUCUGGCCUUCUUGUCACAGCUCUGGCAGAAUCAGACUCUCAUUUUUCAAGCCAGAGUGAAACUACUCUCUGUGAAACUAGUGCCAAACAGAUUAAAGAUACAAAGGCUUCAGAAACUACUGAUGCUGGGAUUCAGAAUGAACCUCCUGUUGACCCCAAGAUAUUUCCUGGUAGUUCUCCAUCUGGCCUUGUCACAUCUCUGGCAGAAUCAGACUCUCAUUUUUCAAGCCAGAGUGAAACUACUCUCUGUGAAACUAGUGCCAAACAGAUUAAAGAUACAAAGGCUUCAGAAACUACUGAUGCUGGGAUUCAGAAUGAACCUCCUGUUGACCCCAAGAUAUUUCCUGGUAGGUUUCCAUCUGGCCUUGUCACAUCUCUGGCAGAAUCAGACUCUAAUGUUUCAAGACAGUGUGAAACUACACUCUGUGAAACUAGUGCCAAACAGAUUAAAGAUACAAAGGCUUCAGAAACUACUGAUGCUGGGAUUCAGAAUGAACCUCCUGUUGACCCCAAGAUAUUUCCUGGUAGUUCUCCAUCUGGCCUUGUCACAUCUCUGGCAGAAUCAGACUCUAAUGUUUCAAGACAGUGUGAAACUACUCUUAGCAAAGAAAACACUAAUCAGACCAAGGAAACCGAAACUUCAGAACCUGAUGCUGGAGUUCAGAAAAAACCAUCAGCCUUGGAGCCUGAUAUCUUUGUUUUAACUUUAGUGGACAAUUUAAAGUUGUUACUGCCAAAAGGUUGGCAGACCGAAAUUUUGGAAAACAAUGUAUUGCGACUGAUGAAACUCAACACCACAAAAAUGCUGCUGUCCAAAACUGCAUUUACUACGACCACACCAAUGGGUCUGUUGGCUUGUUUGUGCAGGGUAUGCCUGUUCCAAGAGAAAAUGUAGUCUUUGAUUGUCAAACCAUUCCUGAUCCCCAAAAUAUUGGCAGUUUGGCUGAUUAUUUGUUUGAGCUGGUGACAAGACUUCAAGGAUUCAA